AUGUCCUUUUCUCUCGCUAACUUCCAACACCAGCUUUGCUCUUCCGUCCCUGACCACCGCCAAGCCGCCCUUCAGGACUUAACCGAACAACUAUCCUCGCUCCCGGCUUGCGACAUCGCUGGCUUUUCAGCCCUCCUUCAUGCGGUCUCACAAGCAGAUCCCCACCCCUCCGUCCGUCUUGCAGCCGUAAAAAAUCGCUUCUGCCCCCCCACUGCCACGGCCCUCGCCUUAUUUGAUUCCAAUCCCACAGUCCGUCUGCACGCUGCCCGACGAUGUGCGUCGACCGACCAACAACCCGUGCCUGUGCCGGAUGCGUUUGACGAUCUGCUCGCGCUCCUCGCCGUAGAGAGCGACGAGGAUGUUGUCUUGGAGGUCCUGCACACCUUAGGGACUAUCCUCGCUUCACAUAAAGGGAAUUUCGCUCUUGACCAUCUCCUUGGCAUCUUAGGUUGCGCUUCCCCAGCCCACCAGGAUCGCAACGACGUUUUCUGUCACCGCGACUCAUACGCUGUCAUUCGCGAUAUGGCGGAGCACGAUUCUUUUCGUGUCCGCGCCGCCGUUAGCCAUGUGCUUUUUGCGGUUGCCGCUCGGGGAAGUGCAUCGGCCGCCGGAGAAGGAGGUGAGAAGCUCAUGUACGCAUGUUUCGAACUAUUCGAGUUGCUAGUCCAGGACACAGAUGCCGUCGUGCAGAUGAGCGCUGCUGGGGCUCUUGUCAAAUCUGCCCUCGAAAAAAGGUGGAAGGGAGGCGGUGAGAAAGUCAGACUGUCUGAAGAAACUGCCGUUCAUGUGAUUCGCCUUCUGGAACCUGUCAUCGCCACGAGUGAGUUGCAAACAGAGGAGACAGCGAGAACGCUGGCGUUGUUGUUGACUUGCCCUCUUCGGACCCUGUCAGGCUAUGGGCUCGUUGAAACCUUUCUGCGGAGACGUCUUUAUUCCGCAAGAUGUACAAAUAUCGAAGGCCAGAAACCCUUCCAAGCACAAAAUGCAGACGGUUUGAGUAAACCCGCAACCAUUCGGAGCAGUGCAUCUACACUGCGAUUUCUCGAAAGCACCUUGCGUAGUAUUAUCGAUGUGAACCGUGACUUUGUACGCGUCCUUGACCUCACGAGGGCGCACUCCGACAAGUACAGUCGCUUCAAGGGGAUGAAUGUAUAG